AUGGAGCUGCGCAAUUUGGUGGUGACAACGCUUUGCUUGCUGAGCGUGCAGGCUGCGCCAUUCUGGAUACUCGAGGAUGAGCUAAUGAAGCGUCAGCGACUGCACAACGCUGAUACGGACUAUGUGGACUUUGCUGAGCGGCAGCGCGACCUGCCCAGCUCCAUUAGCUUUGUGCUGCGCCAGAGCGAGCAGCCGACAAGUCUGCAGCGUCAGCUUCAGCUGCGCCUGCCACAGCGCUACGUGCCACAGACGAAGCGGCAGGCCAAGUCGCACAAGCGCGCAGAGCGACGUCAGCCAGCGUCGCUGCCCAUAUUCGAUGCUGCGCCUGGCGACAAUGCACUGCCUGGAGCUGCUGCCAGCAGCGCCGUCUUCAUCUACAACGGCACGCGCGGCGAGCUGCUGCUGAACACAAUGCUGAGCGCACAGCGCUAUCCGAUGCAGGAGCCCGUGCCCGGCCAGGUGCUGUAUCCGCCAGCGACGCCCAUGUUUCGGCCCAAGCCCAUGCUGCAGCGCUACCGACAGCCCAAGCAGGCGCAGGCACAGGCGCUGAAUCUAACGCUCAUACCCUUCUAUGCACAUGAGGCGAUUACAGCGUUGCCCAGCGUCGGUCAGAGCCAGCGUCAGGCCAAGCAGGUGCAGCAGCAGUACAGCGCCUAUCGCACGCCCCAGGAGGUGAUGCGCUGGCAGCCACCAACGCCAGCGCUGCUGCCUGUGCGCAACAAUCAUCGUCAUUAUGUUGUCAGCUCCACAGAGCCAGCAGCACCAGCAGCAGCAGCUGCUGACUCCAUGGAAGCGUCAGCUGAGACUGCAACGCAAACUGCGAGCAGCAGCACUGCAGCCGCGCCCUUUCAAAUCGUGUACAUGGAUGAGAGUCUGGAGGCGCCACCAGCCAGCACCACCACUGCUGCACCACAGCUGCGUCAAAGCUCACGCUAUGCGCUGGCACGCGAGUAUUACGCAUUUCCUGUCUAUACGCUGGGCAAGCUGCUGGCAAGUCCCAGCAGCAAGCCACAGGAUUGCGCAGAGCCGCCGGCGCCAGCAGCUGCAGCUAGCACUUGGUUUAUACUGAAUUCACUCUAUAAAGGAGCGCACGGCAACGCAGCGCAGCGGCAGCGGCGUCAGUACUAUAACUCCAAGUAUAUGUUGCAGCCAAAGAGUUAG